AUGUCUCCAAAUAACCAAGCGCCACAUCUCGAUGAAGCUCAGGACAGCUCCUGCGAGCCACAGCUAGGAGAUGGCCUGACACAAGGGGCGAAGGGGGAUUCCUUAGAGAUACGGACACAGAAGGAAGAAGCAGAUGCGCCCAUGAGUGAGGAACAAGUAAAGAAGGAAGACAGCAUGGAUGCGGGGCAGGCACCAAUAUCAGCACCAGGCGAGGCAGGGGUGAUAGGGGAAUCGAAUAAGAACGGCUUGGAAAACGGGGCUGAAUAUACGAAGGUGGACACAGAGCCCAAGAAAGCAAAUGUGGAAACGGCCAUAGAGGGCACAGAAACGCAGUCGGCCGAGUCGAAAGCGGCGCCACCAGCACCUGGCAACGAUGAGCCAGACAACGCCCCACGAGCGUCCACGCCUCCUCCAGAAUCUGAAAAGGUCGCCGGCAAGGCACCUGUUCGCUCGCCGUCACCUCCUCCGCCGCCGCCCAAAGACGACAGAUACCUCUCCACAAGCAACGUACCUAGCCGUACCACGUCACCUGUGUCGCAACCGAAUCUCAGCAGGAGAACCUCAGAAGAUGCUGAGGCUGCCGAAUACGCUUCCAAGCACAGUGGCGCCGAAGAUGCUGUUGACGACUCUCAGUCGGAGAUACAGAGCAUUAUGGACCAGUUCGCGGACGGUCAUGGAGGGCUGGGUGAAGAGGAGAUCAUGUCUCCACGCUUAGAAAUAGCACAACCCAUGCUAGAUUCUCCGAUAACACAUCCUCCACGUCAGUCGAGCUUAGCCUCAACCGAUAAGCCUCUGCCCAUUCCUGGCGGUGGUCCGUCUCCCGAGCAGCCUCUUAGAUCUCCACCGAUACGGACAUCUUCUCUGUACCGCGCCGGGACCAACAAUUCUUUGAACGAGAUUUCAUCACCCAGCGCACAUGCGUCAUCAUUCCAGACACCCGCACCUCCUCCAGACCCUGAACCAGACCUACCCUUUGACUUUCAUCGAUUCCUCGAGCAAUUGCGCCACCGGACUGCUGACCCGGUAGCCAAAUUUUUGCGCUCUUUCCUGUUGGAGUUUGCCAAGAAACAAUGGAUGGUACAUGAGCAGGUGAAGAUCAUUGGCGACUUUCUGGAAUUUAUCAGCAAGAAGAUGGCCCAGUGUGAGGUGUGGCGGACCGUGUCCGACGCGGAAUUCGACAAUGCAAGAGAAGGAAUGGAGAAGCUCGUCAUGAAUAGACUCUACUCUCAGACCUUCUCUCCGGCAAUCCCACCACCCGAGCCAGUAGCCCCAUCCAGGAGUAGACGCAGACAGGAAGCACCAGGGCCGGGCCGGAGAGGACAACAUCAAGAGGAUGUCGAACGCGAUGAGGUACUCGCUCAGAAAGUCCGUAUAUAUGGUUGGGUCAAGGAGGAGCACCUUGAUAUACAGCCAGUUGGCGAUAAGGGCAGGAAAUUCUUACACCUUGCGCAACAGGAAUUGUUGAAAAUCAAGAGCUACCGGGCGCCACGAGACAAAGUCAUCUGCAUCCUCAAUUGUUGCAAAGUCAUAUUUGGCUAUCUACGAACGGCCACCAAAGCAGACCAGUCCGCCGACGCUUUUGUGCCACUCCUCAUAUAUACUGUGUUACAUGCAAACCCAGACCAUCUAGUGUCCAAUGUUCAGUACAUUCUUCGCUUCCGGAACCAAGACAAAUUGGGCGGUGAAGCUGGCUACUACAUCUCGUCUUUGAUGGGAGCGAUACAAUUCAUCGAAGGACUUGAUAAAACUUCACUCACUGUGACGGACGAAGAAUUCGAGAAGAACGUCGAGGCUGCAGUAUCCGCCAUCGCAGAGCGACACAACGCAGAGGCCGCCCUGUCUGAUCCCACCGAAAAUGCUCCGCAUAUGCGGCCACCUCCGACCCAGGGUCACCGCCGGAUGCCUUCACCGCAUUCACUUCACUUAUCAGAAAAGUCGACGCCAUCCCGACCCGAAGUUACAACGCGAAACUCACUCGACGCAGAGCAGGCUGGCCCGCGACGCUCAACAAGUACCCGUGCAAGCAAGAGCGAAAGUGACCCACCUGAAGAGGAGAACGCCGCCGUUGCAGGCCUCCUUCGCACCAUACAGCGCCCACUAAGCACCAUCGGCCGCAUAUUCUCCGACAACGAUACCACGACUGCUUCCUCAGGGCCUGCUUCCACCCCACAACCGGGUAACACCCCGCGAUUGACACCGCAGCCGCCGCAAAUGCCCCCUCGGGGAGCGUCCUCAGACUACGCCGGAAACGCUCCAGAACAUCUCAACGAGAAGCAACGACGGUCAGCAGAAGAAGAAAGGUAUCGGAAAAGGCUCUCAGCCGAAGACGCUGCCGCGAGACAGGCGUCUGCCGAGGCUGAGGAGGCAAGAAGAAUACAAAGGCAGGAACACUCCGUCGUUGUGGAGACGCUGGCAGGGAUGUUCCCGCAGCUGGACCGAGAUGUCAUCGACGAUGUGGUACGGUUGAAGGAAGGACGGGUUGGUCUGGCUGUCGACGCGUGCUUGGCUCUUGCGAACCCGUAG